CCAUACAAUAUUGGCCCAUAUUCCUCAUCCCAAUCUUAAAAUAUCACAAUAAAAUAAUUGCCCAAGAAUGCAAAUGAACAAUGUCAUUAAUACUUACUCGCCAGACUUUAGUACUAGUCUCUAUUAAUCCUGAUCUCGAUCAUCGACAAUCUUCACUUCUAUUUUAUCAAUACAUCUCACAGAUUUGUAUUCAGACAUACAAAGGAGAUAGUGGAUCGAUACAACAAGAACAUGGAUAGCAGAUGGUGGACAAAGGAGACUGUAGCAGUGGUGACAGGAAGCAAGAGAGGCAUUGGAUAUGCAAUUGUUCGCAGAUUGGCAGAGAAUGGUAUACGUGUAAUUUUAACGGAUCCAGAUCAAGAGGUGGGCACGGCUGCUGUCAAGACUCUCCAGGAUGCUGGGUUUGAUAAUGUUAUAUUUUAUCAGCUGGACGUGAAGGAUGAUACAGGCAUUCAUGUGUUUGAAAAAUGGAUGAAGGAACGUUAUGGAAAGCUUGAUAUUCUGGUUAAUAAUGCAGGAAUAAUGGGAAUUUCAAUAGAUUAUGACAUCUUAAAGGCCAACCAAGCAGAUCCAAGACAGAUAUUCUCUGGAAAAACAGUGGAAGGUAUUUCUGAGAGCUAUGAAAUGGCCAAGGAAUGCAUUGACAUUAACUAUUAUGGUACCAAACGAAUGGCCGAAGCGUUUCUUCCUCUUUUGAAGCGUGCUAGUGAUGCUGGAGGUCGAAUUGUGAAUGUUUCUUCUCGUGCUGGAGUCCUGGAGUUUCUCCAGAAUGAAGCUUUGAGGCAGCAGUUGAAUGACCUGGACAAUUUGAACGAAGUUAAAAUAGAUACAUUUCUUGAAAGUUUCCUGAAAGAUUUUCAAGAGGGAUUAUUGAAGAACAAUGGCUGGCCCGUUCAAUUUUCAGCUUACUAUGUAUCCAAGGCUGCAGUGAGUGCUUACACACGAGUACUUGCACGUCAAAAUCCUGACAUGUAUGUGAACUGUGUCCAUCCAGGAUACGUAAAGAGUGAAAUGAAUUUCAAUACAGGACACCUAUCAACUGAUGAAGGUGCCGAGGGACCUGCAAUGCUAGCCCUUCUUCCUCCUGGUUCACCUUCUGGGCAGUAUUACAACAGAAAGGAAAGAGCUAGCUUUUAUUUUUUAGAUAAAUGAGGUUAAACUUUUCAUUGUACAUAGAAGGCCAUCUCAGAUGUAGCAAUCUUAUAAGCUAACAAUUCAAAUUUUGUAUCUUUGUGGGUGCUACCAGGCUGCAAAACACUAAGCUAAACCCUGUCAUAUUUAAUCUAAUGAAGUAUGAUUUCUAAUAGAAAAAUGAACUUGAAUCGUUCAUGUGGGAUUGUAAA